AGACCAGUGACCAGUUAAAGGCCUCGGAUCGUCCAUAUAUGGACAUAUCGCAGCAAGCCAAGCCGCAAACUCCACUAGAGCUAAUCCGUACAGAAGGUCCAAGCCAGCCUCCCUUCUCCAUGCCAAUAACUCGGAAUCAGGUCCCAUGCAGUUGGUAUUUUUGCUAUCUUCAUUCAUCCUGCAUUUCAUGAGAGGAGAGUAGUUCGGAACAAAGGAAUAAUUUCCUCUACUUAUAUCACCAGAGCCUGUUUCCAUAUAUCUCUGAGCUUCAGUGUCCCGCCCCCAAACCCCGCAUUUCAAACCUCAACUUCCCAAACCUCCCAAACCUAGAGCAUGGCUGCCGCAAUUCAGCCGUCGAUCCUGUCUGAGUCGGAGAGACGAUCAUUCUCGGAGUAUCUUCAGAACUCUAGAAAUGUGGUGGCCCUUCUUGGAGCCGGCCUUUCGGCUGCAUCAGGCCUUCCAACAUUCCGUGGUGCUGGCGGGGUAUGGCGGUCCUAUCCUGCGAGCUCACUCGCGACCCCAGGGGCUUUUAAGGCGAAUCCAGGCUUCGUUUGGCAAUUCUACAGCUAUAGACGACAUAUGGCUCUGAAAGCGAAACCGAAUAGAGCACAUUUCGCUCUCGCCGAGUUGGCAAGAAGGAAUCCCAAUUUCAUUACUUUGACCCAGAAUGUAGAUGGCCUUUCCACACGAGCUAACCAUCCGCCAUCCCAACUCCACGUCCUCCAUGGCUCCCUCUUCGACGUAAAGUGCGCCUCUCCCUCCUGUGAUUACAGUAGAGAGGAUUACAAUGACCCCAUCGUGCCAGUACUUGAUAUCCCGAAAGCUGCUCCUGAACCCGUCCCCUCCGCACACGACAAGACAGGCGAAGAGGCUACCAAGUCUCUUUAUACUGCCAUGGAAUGGAAAGGCGAGCCUCAUCCCUCAGCAGGGGAGACAGCAACCGCAGCACAUACGGAGGGCGUAGAGCUCGAUAUCUCCAACGCAGACGUACCCAUUCCACGCGUCACAUUCGCGGACCUACCCCAGUGCCCCCAAUGCAAGAACAAUAUCCUCCGGCCGGACGUGGUAUGGUUUGGCGAAUCGCUCCCAACUAAGACUCUAGAGUAUGUUGAUAAGUGGAUUGAGGAUGCGGAUACGAUUGAUCUUAUGCUUGUCAUCGGGACCACGGCGCAGGUUUUCCCUGCUGCGGGAUAUGUGGAGAUGGCACGCGAAAAAAGGGCGCGUGUGGCAGUUAUUAAUAUGGAUAGUAGCGACACGCCUCCAGCCGGGAUGCGGCCUGGGGAUUGGUUUUUCCAGGGCGAUGCAAGCAUGAUUGUGCCUGAGCUUUUCAAGGAUGUUAUUGGAGAUGUCUAAUGUACUUGGGAUAUAUUGGUAGGUUGGUGUUUUCUGUCGCUUUGAUUGAGAAUUCAGAUUGCCAAACCCCCUUUAAAUUUAGACCUGUGUCUAUCAUUACAGCUUCACGUUCUCGGUAUCUAAGUGGUAGAGGAAUAUACACGUAUCCUCGGAAGUUAAUGUGAUCGGGGUUAUGGCAGGCUCCUUGGUUUGCUUUCUUUUUGUGGUUUCGAAGGUUGGAUAUGCGUCACGAUGGGCAAUUGGGAGUUCCACUUCGCCCUUACCGGAUUGCUUCUCGGGAUAAACAUGGUAUAUGCAGGCGAUUAUUCAGCUAAUUUUAUACACUUUAACUAUAUAUCUACAGUAUGAAUGCUAUAAAUGCAGCCUUAAAGCGAUGCGUUAACUACCUAGGUAUUUACAAAAUACGCAAGAGAGCAUUACCCUAGCUAGGAAGUGCUUAGCGGGUCAUGGCUAGUAGGAACGUUUUUCUACUAACUUCAACGUGCUGUGAGUUUAUAAUGGGAAAGAAGCUCAGCAAAUUGGAUGAAAGAUAAAAUGGAUCAAUAGUUUACAUCUUAACGCAAUCCAGAGAGCUGAGAAUAGAAGGCGCCAUAUUUCCAACGUUUCCGCUGAGCGUUCCACCCCCCAAUAAUCUAACUGCAAUUUAAUUGGUCCGGAGGUUUGACCUUGGAAUGUCCAGAAAUUGGCUUG